AUGUCGUCCAAAGUGUACAGAUCAACUAGAUCAGAUAAGCCCGAGGAGUUGUCUUUUGAAGAUGUUGUGAUGACAGGAUUGGCCCCUGACGGAGGUCUUUACUUACCAUCAGAAAUUCCUCUAUUGCCAUCUGAUUUUCUCGAUACAUGGAAGAACUUAUCGUUUAAUGAGUUGGCAUUUGAGAUUAUGAGAUUGUACAUCAGUGAAAGAGAAAUUCCAAAUGACGAUUUGAAGGAUUUAAUCGAGCGCUCCUACUCAACUUUCAGGUCGGCAGAUGUCACACCAUUAAAGAAGCUUGACGACAGGUUAUACUUGUUAGAGUUGUUUCAUGGUCCCACUUACGCAUUCAAAGAUGUCGCCUUACAAUUUGUCGGUAAUUUGUUUGAGUACUUUUUAACAAGAAGAAACAGCAAAAAGACUGAGGGAGAGCCAAGAGAUAUCAUAACAGUUGUUGGCGCCACCUCUGGUGAUACUGGAUCCGCUGCCAUUUACGGAUUAAGAGGUAAAAAAGAUGUUUCGGUUUUCAUCUUGUAUCCUACUGGAAGAAUCAGUCCUAUACAGGAGGAACAAAUGACUACCGUAGAAGACUCAAACGUGCACACGUUAUCAGUUAAGGGAACAUUCGAUGAUUGCCAGGAUAUUGUUAAGCUGAUCUUUGGGGACAAAGAGUUUAAUGACAAGUACCACGUUGGUGCAGUCAACUCAAUCAAUUGGGCCAGAAUUUUAGCCCAACAAACAUACUACUUCUACUCCUUUUUCCAGUUACAAAAACAAGUUGAAGGAAAAGUUAGAUUUGUUGUUCCAUCGGGAAAUUUUGGUGAUAUUUUGGCUGGCUACUAUGCAUACAAGAUGGGAUUACCUGCUGAUAAGUUAAUCAUUGCAACUAAUGAAAAUGACAUAUUGGAUAGGUUUAUGAAAUCAGGGGAGUACGCAAAGCAGCAGGAAGUUGGAGUAAAGGCCACUUACUCGCCAGCAAUGGAUAUUUUGAUUUCAUCCAAUUUUGAAAGAUUGUUGUGGUAUUUGAUUAGAGAUAACAUAACAAAGGGAAAUGAUGAAAAAGCGGGAUCUGUGUUGAAUGAUUGGAUGAAACAGUUGAAAGAGAAUGGCAAGUUUAUCGCCCCACAAGAGGUGGUAGAAAAGGCUAGAGUGAUUUUUGACUCUGACAGAGUCGACAACGAGGAUACCAUUGAGACAAUCAAACAGGUUUACUCCACCAGCCCAGAGAAUUAUGUUAUAGAUCCGCACACUUCUGUUGGUGUGAAGACGUCCCACAGGUUUAUUGAAAAGGAUCAAGAGCCAAUACACUACAUAUCACUUUCAACCGCACAUCCAGCCAAAUUUUCUGAGGUUGUCAACAAAGCCCUUCAGAGAUUUGAUGGCUACUCUUUUGAGAAAGAUGUAUUACCGGAAGAAUUGAAGCAAUUGAGUACCAAGGAAAAGAGAAUCAAACUUAUUGACGAACCAAGUAUUGAAAAAGUGAAACAAGCUAUCAAAGAUGAACUAAAGUUUUAA